CCCGGCAGCAGCCGUCGCCGCCCCGGCUCUAUUUCAGGGCGGGCGGCGCCGCGCGACACCUGUCCCGUCCCGUCCGGUUCGUUCCGGUUCAGUCCGGUGCGGUCCGCUCCGCUCCGCCAGCGGCCCCGCGGCGCGGGGUCCCUCCGCCCUUGCCGCCGCCCGUUGCGGGGUGGAGGUGGAGGGAAGGAAGCCGGCGGAGCGGCCGCCUCCGCGCCAAACUCCGCGCUUGUCGCGGCCGGGCCAUGGCCACCGCAGCCGCCGCCGGGGGGGACCCCGCCGCCGACGAGUUCGGCGACAUCAUCCGCAGCCGGUCCGAUGAACGAGAAGAUGUUCAAAAGAAAACAUUCACAAAAUGGAUAAAUGCACAGUUUGCUAAGUUUGGAAGACGUUACAUUGAAGAUCUUUUUAAUGAUUUCCGAGAUGGACGAAGACUUCUGGAGCUCCUGGAAUGCCUUACAGGCCAAAAACUUGCAAAAGAAAAGGGCUCCACAAGAGUUCAUGCUCUGAACAAUGUCAACAAAGCACUGCACAUUUUGCAGAGAAAUAACGUUGAUUUGGUAAAUAUUGGCAGCUCGGACAUUGUGGAUGGAAAUCAUAAGCUGACCCUUGGCUUGAUCUGGAAUAUAAUCCUCCACUGGCAGGUCAAAGAUGUAAUGAAAAACAUCAUGGCUGGAUUGCAACAGACAAACAGUGAAAAGAUUCUGCUGAGCUGGGUCCGCCAAUCAACUCGUAAUUACCCACAGGUCAAUGUUAUCAAUUUCACCAGUAGCUGGUCUGAUGGAUUGGCUUUCAAUGCACUCCUCCACAGUCACAGGCCAGACCUAUUUGACUGGAACACUGUUGCUUCUCAACAGUCACCUGUACAACGAUUAGACCAUGCAUUCAAUGUAGCCAGGCAACACUUGGGCAUAGAAAAACUUCUUGAUCCUGAAGAUGUUGCAACUGUCUGUCCAGAUAAGAAGUCCAUCUUAAUGUACGUGACUUCCCUCUUCCAAGUUCUGCCCCAGCAAAUCAGCAUGGAAGCCAUCAGGGAGGUGGAAACAUUGCCACGACACUCAAGGGUCACUAGAGAAGAGCACAUACAAGUACAUCAUCAACAGCAUUUUUCGCAAGAAUUUUUAGAAACUGUUGAAGAAAAGACAUUUAGCACCUCACUGAUGGGGUCAGAAAUGGACCUUGACAACUACCAAACUGCUUUAGAAGAAGUACUCACAUGGCUUCUCUCUGCUGAAGAUGCAUUACGAGCACAAGGAGACAUAUCCGAUGAUGUAGAAGUUGUUAAAGAACAAUUUCACACCCACGAGGGUUUUAUGAUGGAAUUAACAGCUCACCAAGGACGUGUUGGCAAUGUUUUGCAAGUUGGAAGUCAACUUCUAACACUUGGAAAGCUUUCAGAUGAUGAAGAAAAUGAAAUCCAAGAACAAAUGAAUCUACUUAAUUCUCGAUGGGAAAGUCUCAGGGUAGCCAGUAUGGAAAAACAGAGCAAUUUACAUAAAAUUCUAAUGGAUCUUCAAAAUCAGCAGCUCGCCCAGUUAGCUGACUGGCUAACAAAAACAGAGCAAAGGACAAAGAAAAUUGAUUCGGAGCCCUUAGGUCCUGAUCUAGAGGACUUAAAGCGUCAAGUAGAAGAACAUAAGGCAUUUCAGGAAGAUUUGGAACAGGAACAAGUCAAGGUGAAUUCUCUUACCCACAUGGUGGUGGUGGUGGAUGAAAACAGUGGAGACAAAGCUACUGCUGCCCUGGAAGAACAGCUUCAGCACUUUGGAGACCGGUGGGCUGCCAUCUGCAGAUGGACAGAAGAUCGAUGGGUCCUUCUGCAAGAUAUUCUUCGUAAAUGGCAGCAUUUUGCAGAAGAACAGUGCCUUUUUGAUGCAUGGCUUACUGAGAAAGAGGAUGCUGUGAGCAAAAUUCAUACAACUGGCUUUAAAGAUCAAAAUGAAAUGCUGACCAGUCUACGCAAAUUAGCUAUCCUAAAAGGAGAUCUGGAAAUGAAAAGACAAAUGAUAGGCAAGCUGAAUUCACUCAGCCAAGACCUCCUUGUAGCUUUGAAAAACAAAGCUGUGGCUCAAAAGCUGGAAAGUCGUCUCGAAAAUUUUGCUCAGCGCUGGGAUAGCCUUGUGCAGAAGUUAGAGAGCAAUUCUAAGCAGAUUUCACAGGCUGUCACUACCACUCAGACAUCACUAGCACAGACAACUGUAAUGGAAACUGUAACUAUGGUGACCACAAGAGAACAAAUCCUGGUUAAGCAUGCUAAAGAGGAACUCCCACCACCUCCACCCCACAAAAAGAGGCAGCUCCUCGUGGAUUCGGAAAUUAGGAAGAGGUUUGACUCAGAUACAACAGAGCUCCAUAGCUGGAUGACCCGCUCAGAAGCUGUACUUCAGAGUCCUGAGUUUGCAAUAUAUCGAAAAGAAGGAAAUCUCUCAGAUCUCAGAGAAAGAGUCAAUGCCAUCCAGCGAGAAAAGCCUGAGAAGUACAGAAAACUGCAAGAUGCCAGCAGAUCAGCUGAGGCCCUGGUGGAACAGAUGGUGAAUGAGGGCCUUAAUGCUGAUAACAUCAGACAAGCCUCAGAGCAGCUGAAGAGUCGCUGGAUUGAGUUCUGUCAGUUGCUGAGUGAAAGACUGGCAUGGUUGGAGUACCAAAAUAACAUCAUUGACUUCUACUCCCAGCUGCAGCAACUGGAGCAGACUGCAAUUACUGCAGAAAACUGGCUGAAAGCACAACCCACACCAGCAACAGAUCCUGCUACAGUAAAAACACAAUUGGAAAAGUGCAAGGAUGAAAUCAUCCGCUUAUCAACCCUUCAGCCUCAAAUUGAACGGCUAAAGGCUCAAAGUCAAGAACUGAAAGAAAGAGAACAAGGGCCAAUGUUUCUGGAUGCUGACCUUGCUGCUUUUAUCAACCAUUUCAAACAAAUACUUGCUGACAUGCAUACCAGAGAAAAACAGCUACAGACCAUUUUUGACAGUUUGCCUCCUGCACACUUUGAAGAGACAAUGAGUACUAUACUUUUGUGGAUUCAGCAGUCAGAAACUAAGCUCUCCAUACCUCAGGUUACAGUCGCUGAAUAUGGAAUCAUGGAGCAGAGACUCAGGGAGCUCAAGGCUCUACAAAGUUCUCUCCAAGAGCAGCAAAAAGGCCUAAACUAUCUCAGCACAACUGUAGAAGAGAUAUCCAGGAAAGCCCCUGCAGACGUCAGCCAGAAAUAUCAAUCAGAGAUUGAGGGGAUCCUUGGCCGCUGGAAGAAAUUGUCAGCACAGCUGGUGGAACAUUGCCAGAAACUUGAGGAGCUUAUGACUAAACUCCAGCGAUUCCAGAAUGACACUAAAACAUUGAAGAAGUGGAUGGCUGAAGUGGAUGUUUUUUUGAAAGAAGAGUGGCCUGCCCUUGGUGAUUCGGAAGCUCUGGAAAAACAGCUUGAACAGUGUACAGCUUUAGUAAAUGAUAUCCAGACAAUCCAGCCCAGUUUGAACAGUGUUAAUGAGGCUGGGAAGAAAAUGAAGAGUGAAGCAGAGCCAGAAUUUGCUUCCAGAAUAGAGAGAGAACUAAAGGAACUCAAUGCUCAGUGGGAACACAUUUGCCAACAGGCCUAUGCCAAAAAGGCAGCAUUAAAAGGUGGUUUGGAUAAGACUGUGAGUCUCAGAAAGGAUUUGUCAGAGAUGCAUGAAUGGAUAACACAAGCUGAGGAAGAAUAUCUGGAAAGAGAUUUUGAGUAUAAAACACCCGAAGAAUUGCAGAAAGCUGUUGAGGAACUGAAGAGAGCAAAGGAGGAGGCCAUACAGAAAGAAGUGAAAGUGAAGCUUAUUACUGAUUCUGUGAAUAAUUUUAUAGCAAAGGCUCCACCUGCAGCUCACGAGGCUUUGAAAAAGGAGCUUGAUGUUCUAAUUACCAACUACCAGCGACUCUGCAGCAGACUGAAUGGAAAGUGCAAAACUUUGGAGGAGGUAUGGGCAUGUUGGGGUGAAUUAUUGUCUUAUUUGAAUGCAGAAAAUAAAUGGUUGAAUGAGAUGGAGUUGAAACUCAAGGCAACUGAAAAUAUCCAGGGGGGUGCAGAAGAGAUUUCUGAGUCACUGGAUUCUUUGGAAAGGUUAAUGAGACAUCCAGAAGAUAAUCGCAAUCAGAUUCGAGAAUUGGCCCAGACUUUAACUGACGGUGGAAUAUUGGAUGAAUUGAUCAAUGAGAAACUGGAGAAAUUCAAUACUCGAUGGGAAGAACUGCAGCAGGAGGCCGUGAGAAGACAGAAGAGUCUUGAACAGAGUAUUCAGUCUGCCCAGGAGAUUGACAAAACCCUCCGCCUAAUCCAAGAGUCUCUUGCUGUUAUUGACAAGCAGUUAACAGCCUAUAUUGCGGACAGAGUUGAUGCAGCCCAAGUCCCGCAGGAAGCACAGAAAAUACAAUCUGAAUUAACAAGCCAUGAGAUUAGUUUGGAAGAAAUGAAGAAACGAAACCGGGGUAAAGAGGCUGCGAAAAGAGUUUUUUCCCAAAUUGAUGUGGCACAGAAAAAGCUGCAGGAUGUGUCCAUGAAGUUUCGCUUGUUCCAGAAGCCAGCCAAUUUUGAACAGCGUCUGCAAGAAUGUAAAAGGAUUUUAGAUGAAGUGAAAUUGCAGGUGCCCAAGUUGGAGAUGAAAAGUGUUGAGCAGGAAGUGGUGCAAUCACAGUUGGAUCACUGCAUGAAAUUAUAUAAAAGUCUGAGUGAGGUGAAGUCUGAAGUGGAAACCGUGAUAAAAACUGGAAGGCAGAUUGUUCAAAAGCAGCAGACAGAGAACCCAAAAGAACUGGAUGAAAGACUUACAGCUUUGAAGUUGCAGUAUAAUGAAUUGGGUGCAAAGGUGACAGAAAAAAAGCAAGAGUUAGAGAAAUGCUUGAAAUUGUCCCGGAAGCUACGGAAAGAAAUUAAUGCUCUGACAGAAUGGCUUGCAGCAACAGAUGCAGAACUGACAAAGAGAUCAGCAGUGCAGGGGAUGCCUGGCAAUUUGGAUGCUGAAAUUGCCUGGGGCAAGGCAACACGGAAGGAGAUUGAGAAACGCCAGAUCCAUCUUAAGAGCAUCAGUGAUUUAGGGGAGAAUUUGAAGACAGUGCUGAAAGGAAAAGAAAGCCUAGUGGAGGAUAAACUCAGCCUCCUGAAUAGUAAUUGGAUAGCAGUAACCUCACGAGCAGAGGAAUGGUUCAAUUUAUUACUGGAAUAUCAAAAGCACAUGGAGGCUUUUGAUCAGAAAGUAGCUAAUGUCACAACUUGGAUGUAUCGUGCUGAAAUACUGUUGGAUGAAUCUGAUAAACAAAAACCCCAGCAAAAAGAGGAAAUUCUUAAGCACUUAAAGGCUGAGCUGAAUGAUAUGCAUCCAAAGGUGGACUCUGUACGUGACCAGGCAGUAGACUUGAUGACAAACCAUGGAGAUCACUGCAGGAAAGUAAUAGAGCCUAAACUGUCAGAGCUCAACCAGCGAUUUGCAGCUAUAUCACAAAGAAUUAAGAGUGGAAAGCCCUUCCCUCCUUUGAAGGAAUUGGAGCAAUUUGACUUCGAUAUACAAAAAUUGCUUGAACCACUGGAGGCUGAAAUUCAGCAGGGGGUGAAUCUGAAAGAGGAAGACUUCAAUAAAGAUAUGAGUGAAGACGAUGAGAGCACAGUAAAAGAAUUGCUGCAAAGGGGAGACACUCUUCAAAAGAGAAUCACAGAUGAGAGAAAACGGGAGGAAAUAAAAAUGAAACAACAGCUGUUGCAGACUAAACAUAAUGCUCUCAAGGACUUGAGGUCUCAAAGAAGAAAAAAGGCUUUAGAGAUUUCUCAUCAGUGGUAUCAGUACAAGAGACAGGCUGAUGACCUAAUGACAUGGCUGGAUGACAUUGAGAAAAAGUUAGCCAGUCUACCAGACCCCAAAGAUGAGCAGAAGCUGAAGGAGAUUGAUGGAGAAUUGGAGAAGAAGAAGGAAGAUGUGAAUGCGGUGCACAGGCAAGCUGAACGCUUGUCUAAGGAUGGGGCUGCAAAAGCAGUGGAGCCAACCCUGAUACAGCUCAGCAGGCGCUGGCGAGAUUUUGAGAGCAAAUUUGCUCAGUUUCGAAGACUCAACUAUGCACAAAUUCAAACAGUUCAUGAAGAUACAACUUUUGUGGUGACUGAAGGUAUGACUGUGGAAACCACUUACGUGCCUUCUGCAUACCUGGCAGAGAUCCUCCAACUUCUGCAAGCCUUGUCUGAAGUAGAAGAGCGCCUUAAUUCUCCUGUUCUUCAGCUUAAGGAUUGUGAGGAUCUCUUCAAACAAGAAGAAUGUCUCAAGAGCAUUAAAGAUAGCCUGGGGAGAUUGUUGGGUCAUAUAGAGGUUAUUCACAGCAAGAAGAUACCAGCUUUGCAAAGUGCUACACUGGGGGAGGCGACCAAGAUACAGGAAAAGCUGACUCAGCUGAAUUUCCAAUGGGAGAAAGUUAACCAGAUGUACAAGGACCGACAGGCACGGUUUGACAAGUCUCUGGAAAAGUGGCGGCUCUUUCAUUCCGACAUGAAGAGCUUUAAUGAUUGGCUGACUGAAACAGAACAGAAGCUCGCGAGAGCGCAGGUGGAGGCUGGAGAUGUGGGUCAUGCCAAAACCAACCAAUUUCUCCAGGAACUUCAGAAUGGUAUUGGGCGACAGCAAACUGUUGUCAAAACACUGAAUGUAACUGGUGAAGAGAUUAUUGAGCAGUCAUCAACAGCAGAUGCUAGUGUGCUGAAGGAACAACUGGAAAGCUUGAAUACCCGGUGGCAGGAGCUUUGCAGACAGCUGGUAGAGAAAAAAAAGAGGCUAGAGGAAGAAAAGAAUAUCUUAUCAGAAUUUGAAGACAACCUGAACAAGUUCAUUUUAUGGUUAGAGGAAGCAGACAGCAUUACUGGUAUUCCCCUUGAACCAGGGAAUGAAGACCAAUUAAGAGACUGCCUUGGCAAAGUGAAGUUAAGAGUUGAAGAGCUGCCACCACACAAGGGAAUACUGAAACGAUUAAAUGAAACUGGAGGAAUAGCACUUGGAAGUGCAUCAUUGAAUCCAGACAAAAAGCAUAGUCUUGAGAGUAGACUGAAGGAGGCUAAUCAUCACUGGCUAAAGGUGUCCAAAGAUCUUCCAGAGAAACAAAAAGAAAUAGAGAUUCUGCUAAAGGAUUUCAUCCAGCUUGAACAUCAAUUAAAUCAGCUGAUACUGUGGGUAUCACCUGUCAAGAACCAGCUGGAACUUUAUAAUCAAGUGGGUCAACCAGGAGCUUUUGAUAUUAAGGAAACUGAAGCAGCAGUUCAGGCUAAACAGCCGAAUGUGGAAGAGGUUUUAUCUAAAGGGUGUCAUUUAUAUAAGGAAAAACCAGCCACUCAUCCAGUAAAGAGAAAAUUAGAAGACUUGAAUGCUGACUGGAAGGCAAUAAACCACUUAAUUCACCAACUAAAGGAAAAGCCAGCAUUAGGAGCUCCUGGCGUUUUCUCUUCAGGUCUCUUAACUUCUGGUCAAAGUGUUGCUGUGGAUACACAAACCAGGGUAACCAAGGAAACCACCACCUUCAAACCAGAAAUGCCAUCUACUGUGCUUUUGGAGAUUCCAGCCUUGGCUGACUUCAAUAAGGCAUGGGCAGAGCUCACUGACUGGCUUUCUCGACUGGAUCGAGAGAUAAAAUCUCAGAGAGUGACAGUGGGUGAUCUUGAUGAUAUCAACGACAUGAUCAUCAAACAAAAGGCAAUACUACAGGAUCUGGAGCAAAGACGUCCCCAGCUGGAUGAACUCAUAACUGCAGCACAAAAUUUAAAAAACAAGACCAGCAAUCAAGAGGCCAGAACAAUAAUUACUGACCGCAUUGAAAAAAUACAGAGCCAGUGGGAUGAAGUGCAUGGACAUCUCCAAAGCCGAAGACAGCAGCUCCAUGAUAUGUUAAAGGACUCAGCGCAGUGGCUAGAUGCUAAACAAGAAGCUGAGCAGGUUCUUGAACAAGCAAAAGCUAAGCUUGAAUCGUGGAAGGAAAUUUCCUACACUGUGGAAGCUCUGAAAAAGCAGAACACUGAGCUUAAGCAAUUUUCAAAAGAAUUACGACAAUGGCAAAUAAAUGUGGAUGUGGCAAAUGAUAUGGCACUUAAGUUACUCCGUGAUUAUUCAGCAGAUGACACCAGAAAAGUAGAACUGAUGACAGAUAACAUUAAUGCAACAUGGGCUACCAUUAAUAAGAGGGUUAGUGAGCGUGAAGCUGCACUGGAAGCAGCUCUGCGGAUGUUGCAGCAAUUCUACCUGGAUCUGGAAAAGUUCCUUGCUUGGCUUACAGAAGCUGAAACAACUGCUAAUGUCCUGCAGGAUGCUACACACAAAGAAAAGAUACUAGAGGAUGCCAAAGUAGUUCGAGAACUCAUGAAACAGUGGCAGGAUCUUCAGGCAGAAAUUGAUGCUCAUACUGACAUCUUCCACAACCUGGAUGAAAACGGGCAGAAAAUCCUAAGAUCCUUGGAAGGCUCUGAUGAUGCAGCCUUGUUGCAGCGACGGCUGGAUAACAUGAACUUCAGAUGGAGUGAGCUUAGGAAAAAAUCUCUAAACAUUAGGUCCCAUUUGGAAGCCAGUACAGACCAGUGGAAGCGUUUACAUCUCUCUCUUCAGGAACUUUUAGCAUGGCUGCAACUGAAGGAGGAUGAAUUGAAACAGCAAGCGCCCAUUGGUGGAGAUCUUCCCACUGUGCAGAAACAGAAUGAUAUUCACAGGACUUUCAAGAGGGAGCUGAAAACAAAAGAGCCUGUUAUCAUGAGUGCACUUGAGACCGUGCGAAUGCUUCCAGCAGAGCAGCCUGUCGAGGGACUGGAGAGCCAAGAGCCAAGAGAGCUAUCACCUGAGGAAAGGGCCCAGAAUGUCGCUAAACUUCUCCGGAGGCAAGCAGAUGAGGUCAGAGGGGAGUGGGAUAAGCUGAAUCUAAAUUCUACUGAUUGGCAAAAGAAGAUAGAUGAUGCCCUCGAAAGACUGCAGGGGCUUCAAGAGGCAAUGGAUGAACUGGACCUGAAACUACGCCAGGCUGAAGUGUUCAAGGGAUCCUGGCAGCCAGUUGGGGAUCUGCUAAUUGACUCUCUGCAGGAUCACUUAGAAAAAGUCAAGGUUUAUCGAGCAGAAAUUGUGCCCCUUAAAGAGAAGGUGCAUCACGUCAAUGAACUCGCUCACCGGUUCACCCCCUCUGAUAUUCACCUCUCCCAGUAUAACCUGAGCUGUGUGGAAGACCUGAACACGAGGUGGAAGGUGCUACAGGUGGCCAUUGAUGAGCGCAUCAGGCAACUGCAUGAAGCUCACAGGGAUUUUGGCCCUACUUCCCAGCACUUCCUUACCACUUCUGUCCAAGGCCCCUGGGAGAGGGCGAUCUCACCAAACAAAGUGCCGUACUAUAUCAACCAUGAGACGCAAACCACCUGCUGGGAUCAUCCCAAAAUGACUGAGCUUUACCAGUCUUUAGCUGACCUGAACAAUGUCAGAUUUUCGGCUUAUAGAACUGCCAUGAAACUCCGAAGGCUGCAAAAAGCCCUCUGCUUGGAUCUCCUGGGUCUGUCUGCCGCAUGUGAUGCCUUGGACCAGCACAACCUCAAACAAAAUGACCAGCUGAUGGAUAUUCUACAGAUCAUUAACUGCUUGACCACUAUUUAUGAUCGACUAGAACAAGAGCACAAUAACCUGGUCAAUGUUCCCCUCUGUGUGGAUAUGUGCCUCAACUGGCUGCUGAAUGUCUACGACACGGGCCGAACAGGAAGGAUCCGUGUCUUAUCUUUCAAAACUGGUGUUGUCUCCCUGUGUAAAGCACAUCUGGAAGAUAAGUACAGAUACCUGUUCAAGCAAGUAGCAAGCUCCACGGGCUUCUGUGACCAGCGCCGGCUGGGGCUCCUCCUGCACGACUCCAUUCAGAUCCCCCGGCAGCUGGGAGAAGUGGCCUCCUUUGGCGGCAGUAAUAUUGAGCCAAGUGUCCGAAGCUGCUUCCAGUUUGCCAAUAAUAAGCCUGAGAUUGAAGCAGCCCUGUUCCUGGACUGGAUGAGGCUGGAACCACAGUCCAUGGUGUGGCUGCCAGUGUUGCACAGAGUGGCUGCUGCUGAAACUGCCAAACACCAAGCUAAAUGCAACAUCUGUAAGGAGUGUCCGAUUAUUGGAUUCAGGUACAGAAGCUUAAAGCACUUUAACUAUGACAUCUGCCAAAGUUGCUUCUUCUCUGGUCGUGUUGCAAAAGGUCAUAAAAUGCACUAUCCAAUGGUGGAGUACUGCACACCAACAACUUCAGGAGAAGAUGUCCGUGACUUUGCCAAGGUACUAAAAAACAAAUUUCGAACAAAAAGAUAUUUUGCAAAGCACCCACGAAUGGGCUACCUGCCUGUGCAAACUGUCUUGGAGGGAGACAACAUGGAAACUCCUGUUACUCUGAUCAACUUCUGGCCAGUAGAUUCUGCGCCUGCCUCGUCCCCUCAGCUUUCACAUGAUGAUACUCAUUCACGCAUUGAACAUUAUGCUAGCAGGCUAGCAGAAAUGGAGAACAGCAAUGGUUCUUAUCUAAAUGACAGUAUUUCACCUAAUGAAAGCAUUGAUGAUGAACACUUGCUAAUCCAGCACUACUGCCAAAGUCUGAACCAGGAAUCCCCCCUGAGCCAGCCCCGAAGCCCUGCACAGAUCUUGAUUUCUCUGGAGAGUGAAGAAAGAGGUGAACUAGAGAGGAUUCUUGCAGAUCUAGAGGAGGAAAACAGAAACUUGCAAGCAGAAUAUGACCGACUGAAGCAACAGCAUGAUCACAAAGGUUUGUCUCCACUGCCAUCCCCACCUGAGAUGAUGCCAGUCUCUCCGCAAAGUCCCCGGGAUGCUGAACUCAUUGCAGAAGCCAAACUGCUUCGCCAGCACAAGGGCCGCCUGGAGGCCAGGAUGCAGAUUCUGGAGGAUCACAACAAACAGCUGGAGUCACAGCUGCAUAGGCUGAGGCAGCUGCUGGAACAGCCACAGGCAGAUGCCAAGGUGAAUGGUACAACACUGUCCUCUCCUUCUACCUCUUUGCAGAGGUCAGAUAGCAGUCAGCCAAUGCUUCUUCGUGUAGUUGGCAGCCAAACUUCAGAAACCAUGGGUGAGGAUGACCUGCUCAGCCCUCCCCAGGACACAAGCACAGGUUUGGAGGAAGUGAUGGAGCAGCUUAACAACUCCUUCCCAAGUACCAGAGCCUUCUUUUUCAUUUAAGGUAGAUAUUUUCUGAGCCCAGAGAAAAUACUCUGUUACCAAGAAAAAUUGCUUAGAUUCCUAACAGGAGACGUUUGGGAUGCUACCUGCAACUGUGAAAGAAGGCUCAGACAUAAAACCUCUUUGCAGAAGAAAGUCACGGUGUCUGUUGACACCCUAAGUGGGUGUCCGUAGGUGCAUAGACUUCUGAAGGCCUUCUUUAGGUGGCACAUGUCACCCAAAGGAUCUUCUUUACUAGAGAAGUGUCUUAUCCAUCAUGGUAGACUUUCGAUGACAUGAAGUUGUUUUCCAUCCUUUGACUUAAAGGGAAAUUCAGCUCUCACCAAGCAUCAUAUGUGAACAAUGGAGAAAGCAGCAGUGGAGAAAUGAUAGGAAAGCUGUAUAACUGCUAUAGAUCAAAAGAUAAAACAGUAUAGAAAAAUAUUAUUCAAAAAAAUGUAAUAUACUAUAUUGUUCUUCUCAACAUUAUAUGAGAAAAUGCCAUGUAUCCAGGCCUCAUUUUGCCUAGAAAUUAAUCAUCUGAGACAACCAAGAAAAUAUUUUUGAAAUAUUGAUAUGUAGAUAAAAGUGGCUUAUUUUUAAAGUUGCUGUGUACACAGGGUUCCAACAGAUAGUGCUUCCUUAUCAGUGACUAUUGUUUUUAUAAAUACAUUAUGUUUAGGAGAUCUUGCAUAAUCAUAUGAGCAUAGCUGCAAAUACCCUUGUGUUAAAAUGCUCACCCUUCUCUGUGGUAUCUAAUUUGUAAUAGCCAACAACAUUGACAAAACUUUUUUUUUUAAGCCCGAUUUAAAGUACAGUAGGAGCAAUUUAAGAAACAACAAUUAAUGAAUGAUUUAUCAAAAAUACAGUGGUUAAUUUCCCAUGUAUAAAUAGGUAGUAAUCAGUCUCUUAGAUAUCACUCUGUGCUAAUGAAGAAGAAAAAAUGUUUUAAUUUUAUUUUGUUACUGAAAUGUACAAUGCUUUGUGAGUAAAACUGACAGAAUGUACAGUGUCUAGUGCAAAAAAGAUUUGAAAUUUUUAACAUUAGUUAAUAUGUUAAUUCAGAAAGUAAAGUUGUAACUACUUGUAUUUGCAUUCCAGUGGUGCGAAACAAUCUACUUAUGUAGAAUGAAUAUAUUCCUUUAUUUUGUUCCUCUACUCAGUACCGAUGUUGGAAGUGUAUUAUGUGAUUGCAAACAUCACUAAAAAAGAUUGCAAGAAAUAUAUUCCGCAUGAAGAGAUGAUGAAAGCGAAAGUGGAAAAGUAUUGGCUGGGACAAUCUCCUGCUGAGACAAAUGAAAACAACUUAGAAUUAGUAUGUUCAGCUAACGAUUUAUUGCCACAGAUAGACUGAUGCGGAGAGCUCCAAUUUCCCACUGCUUAAAAUGCAACACCUUUAUUUUUCUGUCAUUGGUCUGUGCAGCAGAGAGACUUCUCUGCAAUCCUCGGCCUCUGUGGACUUUGUAACCUUCCCUGUCUGUGAAAUUACACGUCACUGAUUUCAAGUGUUUUGAAACACAGCCGCUGUUUGUUCCUGUGUUCCUGCCUGACUAGCAGCCAUAGAGGACAAAAAUAUUCUUUUGCUGCAUGUGGAGCUGCAAGCAAAGAGGAGGCUUAUUGGACAGUUGUCAUCAUCUGUCAUCUCCAGCAAAGCAGGCUGUAAUUAGAGUUGGAAGAGCUUCUAAUGCAACAACCAGGAGUAGGUAUAGGUGGUCAGACAGAAUCAGGCUUCACACAGAACUUUCCUUUUUGUCUUGGUUCAAUCACUAUUGGGCUGGGCCGAAAUCUUUCCCUUCCAUUCUCUUCGGCUACACAAUACAAGAUUAGUCUGUCUCAGACAAAAAGUCAUUCACUCUUUUGUGAAGUUUAUCUUAUGUUUUUAGUUAAAGAGACAUGCAAAUGCAGAUGUGCAAAUCUGUAUCUCAAAUUUCCAAUCUGUAAUAAAAGAUCAAAGUGUAAUUGCAGAAGGGUUAAAGCAGUCUGGCAAAGCAGCCUGAAAAGAGAGCUGCCUCAGGAGGAUUCAGGAGUGGUGGAAGUAUUUAUUUCUUUCCAUUACAGGUUGCAUCAAAUCUCAAGCCAUUAGUACAUAUGGAGGAAAUAGAACAAUGAGCCCCAAAAAACAAUGAGCACAGAUCUGUAAAGAAUACAUUUUCCUGUAUUAAUUCUUACUAAGUAGAAUUACAAAACUGUCAGAGGCAAGAAACACAAUCAUCCCAGUUUGGCAUUCAGAAGCGUAUUUUGAUACAGGAGCUUGUGAAAUAUUAUUUGAAGGAUGAAUUAAAACUACUUGUGCCAGGUGGUACCACAUGUAGUGCAUACUAUCUUUGAGAAUUAAAACUAAAAGAAAGAUAGAUAAAUGCUCAGAAUUGACUUCUGUUAGAAGUAGCUUUGUUUACUUCUAUACUAAUGCUGUAGAAGGAGAAGUCUGCUUUAAUAUUCAUGGACCAUGCAAUUUGGGAGAAGCUGCAAAGGACACAGGGUUCAUAGAAACCGACCUAGACUGAAAAUCAGAAGAGAUUAACAAAAUGAGAUUCAAGUACAGGAAAACAUCCAUACAGAUAACCUGAAAUGUACACGUGGCAUCAACGGAAGAAAUCUGGGAAUGUAUUGAAAGGCCUGGGAAGUUACUGGCAAUACAUUAAACAUGGUUUUGCCUUUGGCCUGUAAAAAUAAGCAGGUUCAGUUUUAAGCUAAAUGACCAAUCGUAGCUUAUCACAGAGUAGGGAGUGAUGUCCCUUCUGAAUCAGGAAUAUAAUUCCGAUAUCUCAUUACCAUUAAGAUAACAACAAAUUGGAGAAUUUCAGAAUAAUAUGACAAGGACAAACUGGACUCUGGGGGCUUGCAUUUAUGAGAAGAGUUCAAAGAACUAAAUAAGUAAGGAAUAGAGAAAAGGAGUGAAUUUCUAUGCCUGGGUACACAGAAGUAUAACUAAGCGUCACAGGAUUACAGAUUAAAAAUGAAAUAUUUAGUCUAAAUAUCAUCAAAAACAUGUGAAGAGUAAGAUUUUAUGAGGUUGUGAAAUUGUUUCCUAAGGCAGAUAAAAGCUCUUAUUUUGGAUUUCUGAAAAAACGCAAUAAAAUGUAGUAGUAAUUAAUCUUCGUUCACCUGGAGAUAGAUUCAUUUUGAUUAUGAUUUUUCUAAGCUUUUGCUACAUUUAGUUGUGUUAAAAAGGGCAUCAGGUUUGACAGCAUUUGUUUUGAAUUGAUUUUAGAGAAGCUUAUAUUAAACUAAUCAUGUCAUAGGCCUCCGUAAGGAGAUCUCACAUGAAAUAACCAGUGUUCCUGUAUAACUUUUACAGCUUCGUUUUUGCUUCAGCUCAACCUUUCAGCAGUUCUUAGCAUUUCCUAAGUAGCACGGGACCUCCAUGCUCCUUGCACAGCUGACUGCUGGUGCUAAAAGCUGUUUAAUUUCUGUAGAGGGAAAUUCUGCUGAAUACCUGAUGAUUGCUGUGCUUAAAGAUUUUUUUCUUUCCUUUAAAUCUACAAGGUUUCCCAUCCAUUCCCCCUUUACUUUGCUGCUCCUAGCAAAUUCACAACUGCUGCAGCUGCUAGAAGCAGCUGCUGUGCCAACUCAAAACAGAUGUCAAAGCCAGAGGUCUGACUUUUAGUGGAAAUCUACUAUUAAAUAGCACCUUAGUGGUUUAUUUAACCCUGCUAGGUAAUGGGCCACAGAGGAAAAUAUUUUCACACUUUACUUGUGUCCAAACUAUUAAGUCUUCAGGGAGUUAGUUCACAAAACAUGAGAUUGACUUUGCAAAGGAGUAGCAGGACAGCAUUCUUUAAGCUAAAUCCAGCUCUUUUGGAGCACUAGUGGCAAACCAAGUUGCACCCACUUCAGGUGGAUCUCGUAGUGGAUCAGAGUGUAUUAUGUGGCUCUGGUUUUGUGACAAAUGCUUUUUAUGAAUGAAGCUCAAAGGAGAAUUUAGGGAACAGAAGACCCUGACCUAACUGAACUCCAUGAUAAAGCUUCCCAUGAUUUUGAUGCAAAGACAUUCCUCAGGGAUAGUGAGGAAGGGGGAGCAAUGAAGUGGUCGUUGGCUUAAAAGAGCUAAGAGGCCGUGACAGCAUGUGGAAAAUUUGGGGGAGGGUCAGUGCUCACGAUUAACAUUUAACAUGGUACUGUUUAAUACAGAUGUUGCAUUAAGCAGUUUAAAUUACAUGAUCCCACAACAAUAAAUAAAUGACACUAAGAACAGCCCCAUCUCUUAAAAGUUUUGUUUCUAUUUUUAUCUCCUCCGCAUAAAAACAUACUGCACACAUUCUCUCCUCUCACCCCUGCAUUGGCCAGGUGCUGCCGUGAAUAUUCACAGGUUGGACUAGUAACUUUCAUUGCUGAAAAUACUGCACUUCCUUGCAUUCUGAUAGCAAAACAACUUACUGUUCAAGCUUUUCUUUCACAAUAUACUGAAUCAGUGGAAGAAUACUCUCGAAUUACUUUACUGUAGGGAAUGCUUGAAAUCCUCCUCAAACUGAGCUAGCCUGGCCACUUCUGGAGUGUAUUCCUCUCACUGUGCUAUGGUACUACAUACCAUGUCAGUCAGCCUGAAUGACCAAGAUUCCUUACGACCCUCCUUUGGCACAACAGCACUGUAGCAGCUGAGCUUCUCUGCACAUACUUCUUCUGGGAUAAUGAUGGGGAGGAUGAGAUCUUUUCCAGCUGAUGAUACUCAGUCCUGAUGUGAUUUGAGAACAAACAUAUUGAUGAAUUUUACAAAACUUCAAACAGCUUUUUUUAAAAAAAAAUACUGUUUGUUGAUCUCUUCCCCCCUGCUGUCUCCUCUCUCACAACAGAGUUAUGUAUGAUGGGAGCAGCGCAGUAGAUGCUGUAUGCUUUGUACUCUGUGCUUUGACCUGCAACUGCAUAGAUGCCUGAAGUUGUCAUUGGUUUCUGUGCUUUCAGGAUUAAUUAGGACUCCCUACCUUUGCUGUGUUAUAAUAUAAUGGAUUUCAAAAGAAAAAAAGAAAACAAAAAAAUCCUCUGUGAAGAGGAAUUUUGAUUUGAGCAGGAAAAAUACAUUAAUACAUAUCUAGGCAUCCAUGAGUUGUACGUCAGUAUUUUGUGUCUUAUAAAAUACAAAGUUUCUGAACUGCUGUGAUGCUUCUUCAUCUGAAGUUUAUGCCAAACUAUGCUUCUUGCCUUAAAACUCAGAGACAUGCAUUCAUUUUUACGCAAAGAGUAAAAUAAAGUAAAAUCCACUAAACCCUUUUUAGUCUUCUUCCAAAGGAAAUUUGCUGUUACUAUAGUAGUGCUACUCUUUGUUGCUUGUAACAAAGUCUAGGGCUGGUUACUCACCACAGACUUUCCUCCACAGCUGUUUUGUGUGGAGUAGUGCUAUCCCAGCUAGCUUUGAGUACAUUCAUUUGAAGUGGAAUCCAGUUGGUCUUAUGUAGAUACUUAAAUUAGGCACUGCCUAGCCGAAACAUUAGGUGCCUGUACAGACAGGUGGGCACCUCUGAAGACCUGCAGAAGGAUUUGGUAUUGUGAAUGUAGGUAAUUCCUUCUCUCCUCUAGACUCAAGCUCAGCUGUAUUUUGCCAGAUUUCCUUCCUGCCUCAGGACUCAUACACACCCAAUUGCACCAUGCUGCAGUUUCUGGAGGCCUUAGGCAGACUCUGCCUAUUAAUCGAAACCCUGGAGCUCUUCCUCGGAAGGCCAAAGAGCGCAAUGGAUUUUACUUUUCAAGGAUUUUCUGUUACAUGUUUUUUUAUCAAUGAGAAGCUCUCAGCUUCCCUGAGAGGCAUUUUUUGAGCAUGUGUAGCUCCUGAGAUAAGCACCAAAGGAAGCUGCAGGCUGUGCAGGGAUUCUCUAAGUUUUAGACAGAUAGGCAGGCCUUCAGGGCAGGCAGAAUGGACUAUGCCUGGGGCUUUGGUAGGCUUUAGCAACCUUAGUCCCAAAGUACUCAGGCCCUGGGGGGAUAGGAACAGACCUUUAAUUAAUAAAAGCAGUCUAGCCAGAACAGCCCGAAACUCUGCAUGGAGACAAUGUAGCCUGUCAAGAAACAGGACAAACAAGGCUAUGGUGAAGUCCUUAAAAGUGAAGCUACUUAGUGAAGCUAGUAGUCAAGCUCAUGCUAAUACUUCUGCACCACCAUCAUGUGCAGUAUAAACAUGGUAAAAACUCCUCCUAGAAUCAGAAUAGAAAUCCACAUACAGAACACGAUUUAGAACCCACUAUUAUUAUUAUUAUCAUUUCCAGUAGUAAAUAAGCUAUUAGGAAGGGGGACAGGGAAGGGAAAGGAAUAAAAAUUUCUGUGUUUGAUAAAUCAUAACCUUCACAGCCAAGGCCCUUCACAGGUUACCCCUGUCUUUCCUAUUACCUUUAUUGUGUACUUGAACAGUGGCUCUAACCUGUGAUCAAUCAGUGAUGUCAUUCACUUCCUCUGUCUUCCUCUCCUUUGCAUUACCUGAUUUGCUAUGUUUUCAGUCCAGUACCUCAGCUGUCUCUGUUGCUGACCCUCAUUUUGCUCCCUGUAAAAAAUCUGCAAAGUUAUUUAUGGUCUUUCUUACCUGCCUUCUACUGCAGGCCAUGAUGCCUACAAAAAACCUUGACAGCAAUUAGGUUGCUGUUA